AUGGAACCCUCAAAUUCGAGAGAAGGAGGCAUAACGACUGUUAAAUUCAAUGGAAAGAAUUUCAAUGUGUGGAAAUACAGUCUAUUCAUUCGAUUGAGAGAACAAGGUCUCGUUUCCGUUGUGGAUGGCACAAACACCAGGCCCGCAGAAAUAGUAAGAGACAAUAUUGUCACCAACCAAGAUGCAAUAGACAAAUGGGUGAAGAAUGAUAACUUGGCCAUUCACUACUUGUUUAACACCUGCCUGGAAGAGCAGCAGAAUUCUCUUUUAACGUGCGAGACGUCGCACGCCAUAUGGAGUUCCGUAACUGCCCAAUACCAACAAAAUUCUAUCGAAAGGCGACACGCCCUUCAACAGCAGUUCUUGAAUCUAAGAUUCGACUCCGAACACAGCGUCCGAACCCACGUAGAAAGAGUGAAACUUCUGGCCAAAGAAAUGAACGACGCAGGCUGCACAACCGACGAAGCAAGCAUCGUCAACAAAAUUCUCACUUCUCUUCCCGAUCCAUUUGUUGGCUUUUUCACAUCCUGGGAAAGUACGGCUAUCGCAGAAAGAACACUAGCAAACCUCACCAUCAGAUUAUGCAGUGAAGAAGAACGAAACAAACGACGGUUUAACGACAGUGGAAAGAAUUCAGACAACAUCGCUUUCUUCGGCGGGCCUUCCAACUCGUCUUCGUCACGCCCACGGUCUUUCACCCCCGGUUCUUCUCAGCAAGACAACUCACGCCUCGACUCAAGCUUCCGCCGAGGCGCCUCCCACUUCAAGUCGAGUCCUUAUUCACACCGAAACGGCCGAGGAGGCAGAAGAGGAUUCGGCAACCGAGGUUCUAACAGCCGAAAUACUCGCUUCUCAGCAUCAAACCAAGGAAACCCAAGAAGAGACGGCAAGUGCUGGUACUGUACGUUUUACGGCUACUGGGAGAAGGAAUGCCGCAUCAAAGCAAACGAUGAAGCGGCAGGAAAAAUUGCAUUGCAAGAAGAUGAUCAAAACGCUAAUUUUAUUCAGCUUGACAAGACACGAUCAAAUGCUUCAUUGGUUGCUCACACCGUUUGUCUCUUUUCUCAAUCUAAUCUACAGCCCGACUUCUUCAUGGACUCAGGGGCCACUCAGCAUAUGUCGUACCAACGUUCUCUAUUCUCAAUUUCAAACCCCUUCGACCGGGAUUGA